AUGGAUUUGCAAAGGUCUGUGACAUCGUAUAGAAGAUCAGGGUCGUCAGGGUUAGUUUGGGAUGAAAAGCUAUAUUCAGGAGAACUCAAACGAGUUCCAAGGCCUAAAGAUGAAGUUGAUGAUGAUCAAGAAAAAGGAGAAACCAAAUCUUCAGUGCCAAACAGGCCUUCACAAGUUCGAGUGGAGCAACGACAACAUAACAGUAUGUAUCGGACCAUGAAGGAAGAUAGGCCCACAAGGGAACCCCCUUCCCCAAAGGUCUCUGGUUGUGGGUUUUGCGGCAUGUUUGGCAACUCAAAAAAGACCCGAAACCGUAAUCGCGCCAACCGUAAGCGGUAG